CUCACUUCCGGUAAACACGUUUUUUGAUGAUGAAAUCAUAUGUCAUAAUUUAGUUCCUAAAUCUAUGUUCCUGGGCUUCAUUUUUACACUUCCAUAAUUUAUUCUAGCUUGUUUUACGAACAUUUUGUCUAGUCAGUUUGAUACAAUUAUUUACCUGUGCUUUCUUGAGACAUAAGUAAUUAUUUAACAAAAUGGCUGAAAAUGGAACUGCCUACAGUCCUGAGGAGAAACUUGAACUGAUUAAAAGAAAUUUACAGGAAGUUCUGGGUGAGGACAGGAUCACACCAAUUAUAAAGGAAAGAGACUUGAAAAUCUAUUGGGGAACAGCUACAACCGGCAGACCACAUGUUGCCUAUUUUGUUGCCAUGUCAAAAGUUGCUGAUUUCUUACAUGCCGGGUGUGAGGUAACCAUUUUGUUUGCUGAUCUCCAUGCCUACUUAGAUAACAUGAAAGCACCCUGGUCAUUGCUGCAGUUGAGAGAAAAAUAUUAUGAAGCCAUUAUCAAGGCAAUGUUAAAAUCUAUAAAUGUGCCUCUAGAAAAACUGAAGUUUGUCAAGGGAACAGAUUUUCAGCUGAGCAAGGAAUAUACAUUAGAUGUAUACAGACUGUCGUCAUUGGUUACAGAACAUGAUGCAAGGAAGGCUGGCGCUGAAGUUGUCAAACAGGUCCAACAUCCAUUGUUAAGUGGUUUGUUAUAUCCAGGACUUCAGGCUUUAGAUGAAGAAUAUUUGAAAGUUGAUGCACAGUUUGGUGGUGUUGAUCAGAGAAAGAUAUUCACCUAUGCUGAAAAGUACCUGCCACAUUUAGGAUACACCAAAAGAAUACAUUUCAUGAACCCUAUGGUUCCUGGUUUGACUGGUAGUAAAAUGAGUUCAUCAGAGGAAGAUUCUAAAAUAGAUUUACUUGACACUGCAGCCCAGGUGAAGAAGAAAUUAAAGAUGGCCUUCUGUGAACCUGGAAAUAUAACAGAAAAUGGCCUGUUAUCCUUCUGUAAACAUGUCCUCUAUCCAAUCACAUGUAAAGAAGGAUUCACAGUGGUUAGGAAGGAAGAAUUUGGUGGAAACAUAACAUACAAGAAGUUCCAAGAACUGGAAGAGGCUUUUGCUAAAGAGGAGGUGCACCCUGGUGAUUUAAAGGUAUCUGUAGAGAAUUACCUGAAUCAGCUGUUGGAUCCUAUCAGGAAGGAGUUUGAAACACCUGAACUGAAGAAACUCACUAGUCAAGCCUAUCCUGUGGAGAAAAAAAAGAAACCUGGUCAGGCAGGAGGACAGACAGAAGAAGCACUCGUUCCAUCUAGAUUAGAUCUGAGAGUUGGUAAAAUCACUAAAGUUGAAAAGCAUCCAGAUGCUGAUUCACUGUAUGUAGAAACAGUAGAUUUAGGUAAUGGUGACGAGAGAACUGUAGUCAGUGGGCUAGCAGGACUGGUACCCAUGGAGGAUUUACAAGACAGACUAGGAGUGUUUUUAUGUAAUCUGAAACCACAAAAGAUGAGAGGAAUUGAAUCAAAGGCCAUGCUAAUGUGUGCUUCAGUUGCUGAGCCAAGGGCAGUAGAACCUUUAAACCCACCAGAGGGCAGUGCACCAGGGGAGAGAGUAUUUUUUGAAGAACAUGAGUCUGGCAAACCUGAUGAAGAAUUGAAGCCAAAGAAAAAAGUGUGGGAACAAUUACAGCCUGAUUUACGAACAAACAGUGAGUGUAUAGCUGAAUGGCAAGGAAAUAUAAUGAAGACCAAGUUAGGGAAUGUGACGUGUAAAUCACUAAAAUCGUCACCCAUUAAAUGAUAAAGAUCAUAUGUAGGAUGUAUUUAUUUAUUGUGAACACCAUUGUCGAGGAACUCAUUUGUGAUACAAACUGUCCUGUCAUUGUAUUUUAAUGUUCCGUAGAAAUUUUAAUUUAUUAGUUGACUGCCAUAUUUUUUGUUGAUAGUAUUUUAGCAAUUAUAUGUUACAUAAAAGACUAUUCACUGAAAACAUUGUCAACAUGUUUUUUGUGGACAAUUGUAUGUUAUACAUAUUAAAACUACUAUUCACUGAUA